AUGGCGGCGGUGUCGACGGACUCGGGACAGCGCUCCUCCAAAAUAACUCCCGAAGUGCUGCAGGAGAUGCUCCAGUACUACAACCUGAGCCGCCAGGAGUUCAUCAGCACUUACAACAUCCAGCCGCUCGUCUACAUCCCCGAGCUGCCCUACAGCGCCAAAGCCACGUUCGUCAUCAUGUAUGUGGUGAUUUUUGUCCUGGCUCUGGCUGGAAACAGUCUGGUCAUCUACAUAGUUGUAAAGAAACGCGCGAUACAGACGGCGACGGAUAUUUUCAUCUGCUCCCUGGCGGUCAGCGACCUGCUCAUCACUUUCUUCUGCAUACCUUUUACUUUGUUGCAGAAUAUCUCUUCCGAGUGGUUUGGAGGCGUUCUGGUUUGCAAGACUGUUCCCUUUGUACAGACCACAGCCAUAGUGACAGGCAUCCUCACGAUGACCUGCAUUGCCAUUGAGAGAUACCAGGGUAUUGUCUUUCCACUGAAAAUGAGGCGGCAGUACUCGUCUAAAAGAGCAUACAAGAUGUUAGGGCUCGUAUGGAUCGCCUCUGUGAUUGUCGGGUCUCCGAUGCUAUUUGUGCAGCAGCUGGAGGUGAAGUAUGACUUCCUGUAUGAUCACUACCAUGUCUGCUGUCAGGAGAGCUGGAGGUCUCUGACUUACAGGCAGGCGUACACCACCUUCAUCAUGGUGGCUCUUUUCCUGCUCCCUCUGGCAGCCAUGCUCUUCCUCUACACACGCAUUGGAAUCGAAUUGUGGAUCCGCAAGAGAGUCGGCGACACGUCCGUCCUCAACACCAUGAACCACAGGGAGAUCGGCAAGAUCUCAAGGAAAAAGAAAAGAGCUGUUAAAAUGAUGGUCACCAUCGUCCUGCUAUUCACCAUUUGUUGGGCUCCGUUCCACACAGUCCACAUGCUUUUUGAGUACCAUGAUUUGGAGAAGAAGUACGACGGAGUCACUCUCAACAUGAUCAUCGCCAUAGUUCAGGCCGUCGGGUUCUUCAACAGCUUCAACAAUCCAAUUGUGUACGCCUUUAUGAAUGAAAACUUCAAGAAGAGCUGCGUGUCAACCCUCUCCCACUGCAUCCGGAAACCCAACCAGCAGGCCCGCGUGGCGGUGGUGCCGAGACUGAGCGUGCAGUUCGUCCAACCCCAGAGCAGGGAAGCCUUCCUGCCAGCCGACGAAAGGGACAGCCUGGAGCAGCGCUCUGCAGAGAAAGGUGCGUCCUGCUCGUCUCAUGGACAGAGCUCCCUGGAAAUAAUGGGAGAGAAAAUCUCCACCAUCCAAACAGACCUCCCUGCAAAAAGCUCCUCUCAAGUCAAAUAAGA